UUGAUCAAAAAUUGAUGUGUUCAUGUAAUGCAACCUCAAGAAGAGCAGUUGAACCACUCCGGAAAUCCAUUUUCCCAAUGGGUCGAACACGUCACCAAGCAGCUCAUCGACGACGACGCUGCCGCCCUCCUCAGCCCCAUCGCUACUGAUCAAAACGACGCCGCAAUGGGCAUGCUCACGGCUCUCUUCGAGUGCGCCGUGGCCAUCUCCCUCGACAACCUCGGGGAGGCCCACCGCAUGCUGCUUGAGCUCUCGCAGACGGCCUCCCCCUACGGCCCCUCCCCGGCCGAGCGGGUCGUGGCCCACUUCGCCAAGGCCAUGUCCAGCCGCGUGGUCAACAGCUGGAUCGGGGUCUGCACCCCGAUCCCUGUUGACUUCAGGGGCGUCCACGCGGCCUUCCACGUCUACAACACCACGUCGCCAUUCGUCAAAUUCGCGCACUUCACUUCCAACCAGGCCAUCCUGGAGGCCUGCAGCGGCCACCGCAGGCUCCACAUCAUCGAUGUUGACAUCAUGCAGGGCUUGCAGUGGCCGGCCCUGUUCCACAUCCUGGCCACCCGGGCAGAGGGGCCCCCUCAUGUCCGGAUGACCGGGAUGGGGGCAUCCGGAGAGCUGCUCCUCGAGACAGAGAAGCAGCUCUCCAGCUUCGCUCGGCGGCUGGGGAUGCAGUUCGAGUUCCACGCCGUCGAGGGGAGGUUCGGGGACGUGGCCGACGUCUCGGCCCUCCACGUCCGGAGGGGCGAGGCCGUGGCGGUCCACUGGCUGCAGCAUUCGCUGUACGACGCGACGGGGCCGGACUGGAAAACGAUGAGGCUGCUGCAGGGGGUGGGGCCGAGGGUGGUGACGCUGGUGGAGCAGGAGAUGAGCCACGGGGGUUCGUUUUUGGACAGAUUCGUGGCGUCGUUGCAUUACUACGCGACGAUGUUUGAUAGCGUGGGGGAGAGCGGGGAGGGGGAGAGGCACGGGGUGGAGCAGGGGGUGCUGCAGAGGGAGAUAAACAAUGUGGUGGCGGUGGGAGGGCCGACGAGGAGCGGGGAGGAGAAGUGGAUGAGGUGGAGGAGGGAGAUGGCGGGGAAGGGGUUUGUGCAGAUGGGGAUGAGCGGGAACGCGAUGGCGCAGGCGCAGCUCAUACUCAAUAUGUUCCCCAGAGGGUACAGCCUUGUGCAGGGAGAUCAUGGAACGUUGAGCCUUGGAUGGAAGGAUACCAGCUUGUACACGGCCUCUGCGUGGACUUGGCCCAAUCAUCAUCAUCACUUUUGAAUCAUCAAAUAUAAUGCGUGGCCUUAAUUAAUUAAUUAAUGCUAUAUUCUUGUUAUUCUACUCAUCUAA